UCGCCUUCAACUGCCGUUGACGUCGGCGAGCUGUCGGCGGACGAGACGAGUCCUUGCUCGUCACUCGUAUUUCAAUUCCGACAACAGAUUACAACUUUUAUAUCUUCAUUUUGAUUCAUGUUUCUUUUCCGAUCAUUACUGUUUAGAAAUCAAUCUGUCUAAGAGAGAGCGGUUCACAGAAUCUACCCACCGUAUGAGCGUUAGACUUGGCCUGAGACGUUCAAUUUCGACUUCUCUGGCGAAGACUAUGGCGCAGGAAUUGAACUCAUCUGCGGCGACGAUCCCAUCGGCGACAGACGCUACUGUAACUCCUACGUCAACGACGAAGAAAUCGCUAUGGCCUUCUGUUCUUCGUUGGAUUCCGACAUCCACGGACCACAUUAUUUCUGCCGAAAAACGCCUUCUAUCUCUUGUCAAGACACCAUAUACUCAAGAGCAGGUUAAUAUUGGGUCUGGCCCACCAGGGUCUAAAGUCAAGUGGUUUCGUUCAACCAGCAAUGAACCAAGAUUUAUCAAUACUGUUACCUUCGACAGCAAAGAGGACUCUCCUACUCUUGUGAUGGUACAUGGAUAUGCAGCUUCUCAAGGGUUCUUCUUUCGAAAUUUCGAUGCUCUUGCCAAGCACUUCAGGGUGAUUGCAAUCGAUCAGCUUGGUUGGGGUGGAUCCAGCAGGCCUGACUUCACUUGCACAAGUACUGAAGAAACCGAGGCUUGGUUUAUUGAUUCUUUUGAGGAAUGGCGCAAAGCCAAAAACCUUAGCAACUUUGUUUUGCUUGGGCACUCAUUUGGAGGGUACAUUGCUGCUAAAUAUGCUCUGAAACAUCCGGAGCACGUACAACAUCUGAUUUUAGUGGGGCCUGCUGGGUUUACAUCAGAAACCGAACAUAAAUCAGAGGCACUUACCAAAUUUCAAACAACAUGGAAAGGUGCUGUUUUAAAUCAUUUAUGGGAGUCUAAUUUUACUCCUAUGAAGGUUGUCAGGGGUUUUGGCCCGUUUGGUCCAAAUCUGGUUCGCAAAUAUACAAGUGCAAGAUUUGGUGAAUAUUCAACUGGUGAAGUGUUGGCUGAGGAAGAGUCUAGAUUACUAACAGAUUAUGUGUACCACACUUUGGUGGCAAAGGCUAGUGGGGAGUUGUGUUUGAAGCAUAUAUUUUCAUUUGGGGCAUUUGCUAGGAGUCCUCUAUUACAAAGAGCUUCCGAGUGGAAAGUGCCAACAACUUUUAUAUACGGUUUGAAGGAUUGGAUGGAUUACUUAGGAGCGGAUGCAGCACGCAAGAAUAUGAAUGUCCCGUGUGAAAUCAUAAGGGUUCCCCAGGCGGGUCACUUUGUGUUUCUAGACAAUGCAAAAGGAUUUCACUCGGCAGUAUUACAUGGUUGCCGGAGAUUUCUAUCACCUGCAGAUGCUGGUAACUAUCCUCUAGAAGAAGGUCUUACGUCCGUCUAAUAUCCAUUCCUCGUACAACCUUGUAUCAUCUACGGGUAUGUAAAAUGAUAUGCUUCACAGAUGACAUAUAUAUAUAUAUAUAUAUAUAUACACACACACACACACACA